GAUGACGUAGCAGCAGAAAUGAGAAGGCUGAAACUGGAGCUCAAGCAAACAAUGGAAAUGUAUAGUACAGCUUGCAAGGAAGCACUCACAGCACAACAAAUGGCGAUGGAACUCCAGCGCUGGAAAACGGAAGAACAGAGAAGACUAGAAGACGCAAGAUUUGCAGAGGAAGCUGCAUUAGCACUUGCAGAGAAGGAGAAGGCAAAAUCUAGGGCAGCCCUUGAGCACGCAGAGGCAGCUCAGAGGCUUGCAGAACUAGAAUCUCAGAAGAGAAUUAAUGCAGAAAUGAAAGCUCUGAAAGAAGCAGAAGAGAGGAAUAAGGUACUAAAUAAACUUUCAAAUUCAGAUUUCAGGUACCGGAGGUAUUCGAUAGAGGAGAUUGAAACUGCAACGGACUACUUUGCACAAGCUAAUAAAAUUGGAGAAGGAGGUUAUGGGCCAGUGUAUAAGUGUUACAUGGACCACACACCUGUAGCGGUUAAGGUCCUUCGUCCUGAUGCAGCUCACGGAAGACAACAGUUUCAGCAAGAGGUUGAAGUAUUGAACUGCAUACGACAUCCUCAUAUGGUUCUUCUUCUAGGAGCAUGCCCUGAAUAUGGGUGCUUAGUAUAUGAGUUUAUGUCCAAUGGAAGCUUAGAAGACCUUCUAUUCCAGCGAGGAAAGACUCCACCACUCUCUUGGCAGCAGAGAUUUAGAAUUGCUGCUGAAAUAGGUGCCGGUCUGCUUUUCCUACACCAAAGCAAACCAGAACCAAUAGUGCACCGUGAUCUAAAACCUGCAAAUAUUCUACUUGAUCGGAACUUUGUGAGUAAGAUUAGUGAUGUUGGCUUGGCUCGGCUUGUCCCUCCAUCAGUGGCAGAUAGCGUCACUCAGUACCGAAUGACAUCAACAGCUGGAACUUUCUGCUAUAUAGACCCCGAAUAUCAGCAAACGGGAAUGCUUGGUAUAAAAUCCGACGUAUAUUCUUUAGGUAUCAUAUUCUUGCAGAUAUUAACAGCCAAACCACCGAUGGGUUUGACUCACCACGUUGAAAGGGCAAUCGAAAAAGGGACCUUCAACGACAUGCUUGAUUCAUCUGUUCCUGAUUGGCCCCUUGACGAGGCUCUGAACCUUGCUAAGUUAUCACUGAAAUGUUCUGAGCUAAGAAGGAAAGAUAGACCGGAUCUCAGCAAGGUUAUUAUGCCAGAAUUAGAGAGAUUGAGAACACUUGGAGAAGAAAAUCCAUGCCAAUCAGCCUUGUAUAGUUCAGGUUACUCAACAAAUCAUAGCCAAGCUUCCGUGUCCCAAGCUAGCCAACAUGAAUAG